AUGAAAAGCGGACGCGUGCUGGCUCUGUGCAUCGCAUUCCUCAUAUCACAUGUCGCUGGUCAAGAGAGUACGCCGAUCGGAGGAUUGUCUGGUAGCCACACUGAUAUCCCCAGAUGGUGUGGCAAGCCAUACGAAGCCGGGUCUCCCAACUUCAACCCCGGAGGUCAAAUCGAACCUCCAGCACCAUCGCCGAGUUUGUUGCUCGACCUUAAAGUGACGCCCCGACAUAGCAUAUACGACAGUAGCGAAAGCAAGGCGGACUUUAUCGUAUCUGCUACUCUGUCCCAUACCCAUGGAGAUCCCAUUUCUGGAAAUGAAGGCCACUGGUGGUGGGGCGGAAGACCCAGCCAUUCUGGCGACCUCGACAUUACUAUCGAAGUGGAGGGGAACAGGAGCCCGCUAGUAUCUGGUAGACUGGCGAUGAACUCGACUGCAAAGCUAUUCGAUUUCGAUCUCACCAAACUCGAGCCACGCCUCGAACCAUACCCAAUCGUCUUGGUUGCAAGACCGGCGCAGGGGAGAGGCAAGCGCUCCUACAAUGCGGAAACCGAGCUCUACUAUCUUCCAGCAAAGAGUAGUGGCAGCACCGUCAAGAUCGACAAUCUCCACGGAGGCAUGCUUGUUGCAAACAACGUGUCGAACUACGCUUUCGAGCCUAUCGUACCUUUCGGAUUCUACACCAGCUGCUCUGGAUACCUUAACUACAGUCUGGCCAACGUAACUGCAUAUAAGGAUAUGGGCUUUAAUGCGAUCAAUCCAGUCUGUGCCUUUACGGACGGCGAUCUUGGAUACCUUUUCGAUUGGAUGGACUCCGUGGACCUCUGGUAUCAAUACGAUAUGCGUGGCUCAUACUUGAAUUUAACGUCUGUUGCCGAACAAAUACCACUCGUGAAGGAUAGAUCGAACCUACUAAGUUGGUAUACUGCUGAUGAGCCUGAUGGAUGGCAGUAUAAUCUGAGCUCUACACGAAGAGCCUACGAUUUGUUAAAGAAGGAGGACCCAUACCAUCCGACAGGUCUUGUUCUCAACUGUCAAGAUUACUACUUCGAAGACUACACCUCUGGAACUGAUUACAUCAUGGAAGAUGCAUAUCCCGUUGGCAUCGAUCCCAACUACAGUCGCCGCUUUAACACGACUGUCAACGAGACGUACGGCGACUGUGGAUGUGACAAUUGCAUUGGAUCCCUCGCGGACGUCAGUGACCGACUAGAUGACUUCUUCGAGUAUCAGCAGUGGUUGGGCGACUGGCAGAAACCGUUAUGGGCAGUUUUACAGGCAUUUUCUGGCGAAGACUACUGGGCUCGAAGUCCUACUAACGAGGAGAGCUGGGUCAUGAUGAUUAUCAGCUUCAAUCAUAAAGCGAAGGCGAUGAUGAGCUGGACAUUUCCAACCACGCCAUUGUCCCUCGCCGAAGCACACUCGGCAAUGGCCAAAGUCGUUACCGCGACCCCAGUCAGUGACUUUCUAUUCGAAGGCGAUCCAACUUCGGUCGAAAUCCAGGGCAAGCCGCAGGUAGACGUUUCGUACUGGACGAGCGAGGGGAAGUUUAUGGUCGCCCUGGCCAACAUCGAUCAGAAAUCCAGUAACGGGAGUGUCUCCAUCCGGCUGCCGGCCAAAGCGAACAAGAUCUUGAGCCAGCCAUGGGGCUCGCUCUCAUGGUACAUUGAUAAUGCGGGAAGGCUUUGUACAUCUGGCCUUGAUGGACUAGCUACGAGCAUUGUGGUGGUCGAGUCGUAG